AUGAGUUAUUUAAAUGAAAGUGAAGCCCCUCGGGACUUUAGGGUCUCAUCCAUGGAUAGUGAUAGUAAUUACAAGAAAUGCUUGCUGUGCUACACAGUGAAAAAGAACUUUUAUUGUCCUGAUUGCAUAAAGGAGGGCAGUUUUGUACAUUCCUCAAUGCCUUAUUCAGACAGAUUUGCCGAAAAACAAGCCAAGUUACUACGAUUAAAAGCAAACAGAAAGCAUGUGCUGGACAGAUGUGAAAAAUUAGUGGCCAUAAAAUUAAAACGAGAAACACUGUUAACGGAAGCUAAACAGUCAAGAGACAGACUAGACCUACUGCGGUCAGCAAUAAGCCAGAGACGGAACAACAUAGAAGAAAAACGCAAACAGUUAAUAGAAUUAAGAAACUAUAACAAUGAACUGAGUGUGAAGUUACCAAAGUACCAGAAACGGGUAUUGAGUGUUGGUAAAAUGACACAUGUACACCACAUGGAGCUGGAGAACAAAGUCAGUACAUACAGAGAACAGGCGGACUCAUUGGCAGCAUUACGUAGAUCAAGAAUACGGCAGCUAACCAAAUACAUAUUCCCUGUUUAUAUGACUUAUGACAUAAGUGAGAGUAUAGAGGACAUGGAGUUCAUUGGCAAUGAUGCAGAAGAAGAGCCUCCAAGAAAGCCACAGUUGCAUAUUGUAGCGCCUUGGAUCAAUGUCGAUGAUGAUUACUCUCAAAUACAUGCUUCAUUGCGGCAGAACAAGGAGGUGAGCGGCGGGGCGGGUGGGGGCGGGGCGGGCGCGUUCGGUCCGGCGACGCGCGGCGUGGCGGCGCUGGCGCUGGGCGCGCAGCUGCUGGCGCUGCUGGCCUGGGCGCUCGACCACCGCCUGCCGCACACCAUCUCGCUCGACGAGUACUGCAACUGGCGCGUGUGCGGGAGCGGCGUGACGUGGCGCGCGCGGCGCCUCGCCGCCAGCAGCGCCGUGCUGUGCGCGCGCGCGGGGCUGCCCCCGCCGCCGCCCCCCGCACCCCUGCCGCCCCACGCGCUCUCCGCGCUGCACGAGCUGGUGCUGGCCGCCAGCACCGACGACCCCAUGCUGGGCAGGGUGCAGUGGCAGUGCGCGCCGUGCGAGGCGGCGCUGGGCGCGUGGGGCGGCGCCGCGGCCGCGCUCGGCGCGCUCACCGACGCCGACGGGGACCCGCCCGAGCACCUGCACUGGCCUGAGCCCGCAGAGAUGGAGGAGCUAUCGAGCACGCCCCCCGCGCCCGCCCCCGCGCCGCCCCCCUCGCUCAUGACGUCAGCGGCCGCGUCACUCGCCACCAUGUGGCGCGUGUUCACCAAGUGA